AUGGCAACCUCAGACGUAAUGAAGGCUGUUGUUUUCGAUGGCCCAUAUAAGAUCUCUGUGCAGGACAGACCAGUUCCCCACGUCCAGAAUGCUCAGGAUAUCAUUGUGAGAGUCAACAUGACAGCGUUGUGUGGAUCAGAACUACACUUGUACCGAGGCGUUGAACCAACAGAGCCAGACUUCAUCAUGGGCCACGAAUUCACAGGGACUGUUGUUGCUUUGGGCUCUGAGGUCAAGACCGUAAGAAUUGGAGAUAAAGUUGUUUCCCCAUUUACAGCUUCUUGUGGCGAGUGCUACUACUGUCAUAACGGUGGCUCUGCACGAUGCGUCAAGAGCCAAGCCCUCGGUUCUCCCAAUCUUGACGGAGCUCAGGCAGAAUUUUGUCCCGCGGUACCGGUUCGCAGGACGGGGACUGUGAUCAAGGCUCUCGAAGGGAAUCCAUGA